CCGGCCAUUUGACAUCAAUUCAACGUUGCCAUUGCGCUCCUACAACCUCUCUUUUACGUCCGUUGAUCAAUUAUUCAAAAUGGGCGGCGGCGGAAAAGUCCCUUACCCCAAGCACGUCUGGUCCCCAGCCGGUGGUUGGUACGCGCAGCCUGCGAACUGGCGCGCCAACACCCUGAUCGCUGGUGUCGUCAUGGCCGGAAUCGUUGCGGUUACGUGGAAGUUCAGCGCCGGGCGAGAACAAUGGGCGCACCGACCUGAGCAAGGGCAGUGGUACGCUAGCCGACACUGGUCGAAACAGUUGAAGCAGUGGGAUGAGGAGGACAAGGGAAAUGCGUCAAAGAGCGAAUAGAGUUGGAUAAAACGACACUGUGUACAAAUUUCUGCGACAAGAUGAAUACAAUCUGAUUCAAGAUCAA